GAUAUUGGUGCUUUGUAGCGUGUAGAUGGGAGUAUCUUCUGCAGGGCCGGCCGAGUACUGGUUUUGAUGAAGUGUAACAUAUGCCGCGGACGCCUGUAAUGAAGUUUUCCCUGUUUGCAGUUAACGAGGAUUCAAGUUCAAAAGUGUCCUUAUAGUGCUAAAUUAGAUUUAAUUCGAAAAUAUAUAGAAAUCGAAAUAUUCUUUUAGUUCUAACCAGUGUAUCUAUUAAGCCGCUAUCUAUCUAUCUAUUGCGUAUGAAAUUAGUGCUGCUAAUUUUUAUCUAUUUUAUCUACUUUACAUACUUACAUUUAUUUCGGUGCGAUAAAUAAGGAGUGUGUAUAAGAGUGAUUUAUUUUUUUAUAUCUCCCUGAAAGUGUUGACGUAAAAUAGUUAGUUAAAAAGGGUGAAGUGAGAAGCCAAUCUUUAAUAAUGGAAUAUUUGAAGCUGCUUCUUUUACUAUUAGUUGCUGGAAUAGUAUCGUCAGCAAAAAUUCGACCAACACAAGCAACCGCGGACGCAGAUGACUAUGAUCCUUAUGAUGAUGGCGAAUACCCUAGCGAUGACGAUUAUCUAUAUGGCGACGACGAUGAUCCCGUAUUGACUGAUGACAAACCAACCGCCUUAUCGGAUUUUGCAGACUUGCUACCACCAUACUUUGAUGUCUCCCCCAUGCAGAAAACGGUAGUCGUAGGGGAAACUGUCACACUACCAUGCAAUGCAAAGAAUUUGAAAGAUAAUAAUAUAAUUAUGUGGCAAAAUCAAACUCAAUCACUGACACAAGGUCGUAUAGUUCUAACUCAUCGGUCAAGGAUAUCUUUAGGGAAAAAUUUUGAACUACAAAUUUCCAAAGCUGACCAGUACGAUUCCGGCCCAUAUUCUUGUGUUAUUCUGCCCCAGGGAUUAGAACUUGUCCAUUAUUUGCGUGUUGUGGAGGCAGAUCUAUACAUUACAUCUGGCGACAAAGACUUGACAAAUGGAGAUAUUGUAGUAAAGGAAGGCGUGCAAUUAGAGUUCCGCUGUUCUAAGCCAGGGGGUGAUAAUACGGAAAUUAAGUGGUCGAGGAAUGGAGAACGAGUGACUAGUGGUCUUAAUGGUAUUCAGGUUCAAAACGGAUCAAUAAUCAUUCCUAAAGUUGAUCAUCAUCAUCACGGAUUAUAUCAAUGCAUAGCUGAUAAUGGUGAAGAGACUCCUCCCCAUGCAUGGGUUGACCUUACCGUAAUGUACAAACCCAUAAUUGGCAUCAAGCGACAUUACGUUAACGCAGCCAUCGGUGAUACAGCCGAGUUGUAUUGUACUUAUCACGCAAAUGAUGCUAAGGAGAUGACCGAUAAUUCCGCUUCAAUCAACUGGUCGAAAGAAAGAACCCUCUUGAAAAACAAUGAAAAUAAAUAUGAAAUCAGGAAUAACGAAAAUAUGGAAGCGUACAAAGUAAAUCACACAGUUCUAUUCGUGAAGAAGAUCGACUCAUCAGAUUUUGGGGAAUACGAGUGUAUUGUUCGGAACAAACUGGGAAGCGAUACUGGCAAAGUGCACUUGAUUCAAGAGCCCGAACCUGCCCACUUCGAGAACAAGACGAUAGAAGGUAGACGCGCCACUAUUCAAUGGUUAACUAAGAGCAAACAGUUGUUAUCAGAAGCAGUUCUGGACUAUCGUAUCCACGGGUCUGAACGUUGGAUGACGGAAACCAUAUCUACUCCACAACAUCAAGGAUCCGGCAGUUGGAAACUUCAGCAUCAAGUGGAAUUAACGCCAGGCACAUGGCAUGUACGAAUCAAAACCAGAAAUAUUGCUGGCUGGUCGAAAUUCUCCAAGGACGAAACUCUUGUGAUCGAGGACUCGCAAGGAGACAAAGUGCAGAAUACAAGGAUACCAAAUGAUCAGUUACAAGCUGCGAGCAUCGGGGGAGGCAAUGGAAGUGCAACUAAAACAACCUCGUUUGUAGCCUUAGGUUAUUCAAUAACGUCUUUAUUGGUUAUAUCGACUCUGGUGCCAUGGUUUGGAUUAUGUUAAUCCAAAUUGUUUUGGUUUAUUUUGAAGGUUUUUACCAAAUCUGAACAGCUCCUUUUAUUAUAUUUAUAUUACUUUAUGCCUUUAUUUAUUAAUUCAUUGAAGAAUACAGCCGAAAUCGAAACCACGUAUCAUUGAUAGAACAUACAUACAGACCACUGAAGCUUUUGGCAAAAUACACGUUUCAGAGUUCCAUUUAUGUCAAAAUACUCCUUUGCUUCUGAUAAAUAUAAAUUGUUGCUAGUCACAUUGAAGUUGUCUCGUUCAAAUCAAACUUUUACUGAAUCCCAACUAGUGCCGGCUCAGUGGUCUGUAUGUUGCAUUUUUAAAAAAAGAUUCAUUUCCUAAUAUAUUCUUCACUAUGAACUAAUGUCACCUGUAGGAAAUUUUCAAAAAAUAGUUACUUCAUCCUGGCCGCCUUGUAUUAUAUUUAAAUUGGGUGAAUUCGUCAAUGCAUCAAUUUUUAAGAAUUGAUUUCAAUUAAUUCUAAUAAUUCUAGUGUAAAAAGAACGAAAUUGAUAGUUCGAAAUAUCGAUCCUAACUAUUUUUCUAACCACGUUAACGAAAACCACUAAUAAUUCUAUUUAUGUACAUAAUAAGAAAGCGUUUUUGAAUCUUAGAUAUUAGAAAUGCAUAUUAUACUUAAAUAAGAUAGGGGUUGAUCCAAGAGCAAUGAGACUUUAUCCGUCAAAGUAUAAAAAAAAACAAAAAAUACAACAGGUCAAUAUAUUUGACCCAUCUGGAUUGGUGCAGAAGCUUUUACGCUAUUUCGUUAUUCUGUUUCAUCGAAGAUGUUCCUUGAAACAAGGGAAGCGAUGGAAGCCGCUAAGAGUGAGAUCUUGAGAGUGAAGCAUUUGCUAGUUCGAAGCCCGAUUCGUAAAUCAGGCCUGUUACCGAUAAAAAUGGUGCGUUCAAUCAGGGUGAGACCUUUGAACUUCGUUUUGAAGAACCACAGGGUCGUUCAGUGAGAGAAA